CAGAGCAGCAGCAAGCAGACAAGUACUAAGAGAUACGAGAAGCCGCUAGCCAGCCAUGGAGUUCCUGCCUUCCAUAGCCGUCCUCCUACUCCUCUCCUGCUCCCUCGCGGCGGCGACGGUGCCGACCGGCACGAUCGAGCGCGUGUCCAAGCAGCAGAUCCUGGCGAGCAUCCCGCCUGGAGGGCACGCCGGUCCGCCCGUGCUGUUCCUCACGUCUCCGUCCGGCAAGUACGCCGCCUACUUCGUGCGCACCCACACCGCGCCGGGCGCCGGCGGGCUCGGCGCCGACUUUUGCUACGUCGAGGUGAUGGCCGGUAGCGGCAAAGCUUCCGAGGGCGGUGCUGCCGGGGGCGCGAGCGCGUGGGAGUCGGAGUGCCGGCCGGUGAGCACGGUGAACACGUGCACCCUGCUCUUCUCGUGGCACGGGCUGGAGGUGUUCGACGGUAGCGAGGAGGUGUGGCACGGCGAGACCAACACCGACGGGACCAACUUCCUGCAGACGCUCGAGCUCGUGGACGACGGCGACAUGCGCGUCCGCGACAAGGACGGCGAGCUCGCGUGGCGGGCCAGCGACGAGCCGCGCCACGGGCAACACUGCGGCGCGCCGGGGUCACCGGGCCUUGCGGCCGCGCUGCCGUCCUUCGCCGAGCCCAUCGGCGCGCACAGCAGCAACCUGCCCUUCGGCCAGGUGCAGGGCGGCAACGGCCACGCGGCCGAGCUGCCGCAGGCGGCGGAGCUCGGGGACGGAGUUGUUCCAGGGGCCGGAGCAGGUGGCUUGGGCGACGGCUAUGGUAUUGCACCGGCGGCAGGAGGAGUCGGAGGUGUUGCCCCAGGGGCAGGUGGCUUGGGCGACGGCUAUGGCAUUGCACCGGCGGCAGGAGGAGUCGGAGGUGUUGCCCCAGGGGCAGGUGGCUUGGGCGACGGCUACGGCAUUGCACCGGCGGCAGGAGGCGCCGGAGGAGUUGGACCGGGGGCAGGUGGCUUGGGCGAUGGCUACGGCAUUGCGCCGACGGUAGGAGGUGUUGCCGCGGGGGCAGGGCCCUUCGGCGGCGGCUACGGGAUCGCACCGGGCGCCGAGACAGGAGCCUUCGGUGGUGUCGGGGAUGUUGCCGGACAUGGUGAAGCGGCGACGGCGGCCGGCGGUGUCGCGGGAGUGGCAGGGUUCGGCAGCCAGCCGCUGGUGGACAACAGCCCCUACGACAGUGGAGCCUACAAGGGCGGCCGUGGGGCCCAUCUCGCAGCGAUCGGAGCUGCGGUGUUUGUCAGCGCCAUGGCCGUGGGUUUCUAAUCGGGAAGACGAAUCAGUGGCAGUUUGGAUGUGUGCGCGUGCGUUUUUCUUUUCCUGUGUGUUAAUAUUAGCUAUAUGAUGAUGUGCUUGUGAGUGGUGACAAAUUUGAAGCUGUAUUUGUGUGAUUUGAGUAAAAACUCAAAAUUUAGUGAAAAA